AUGAAGAGAGAAGGCUAUAUUGCAAGGGCUUGCGUUGAAAUCGAUUUUUGUGUGGCUCCCCCAGAUCAGAUUUGGAUUGGUUGCGGAUUUGCUGGUUUUUUUCAAAAGGUGGAGGUUGAGAGGUUGCCGCUUGUCUGUGAAAGCUGUUUGAAGAUUAGGCAUUGUGUUGAUCAGUGCCGUAAAAGGAAGCUGCGCAAUGGUGCUGGUUUGAAUGACAAGGUGCAUGUCAGAGUUUCAACGCCUGUGAAUCAUGAAGGAGGUGAAGGGACACCCAGGAAAAUGGCUGAACAUGUGGAUCCUAUGGAAAACACGAUUAAUAGGGUGAAUCCUUUGGGGAACACGGUUGAUAGGGAGAAUGCCCUGGAGGACUUUGAUAGGGAAGACGACUUGAUUGUCUUUGCUCCCAAGGCUAAUGGUGAUAUACAUGGCAUUGUUCAUGUAGGGGUUUCACUUGCUAACAUGGGUGAGCAGUCGAGGACUACAUCACAUGUUGGUGAUAAUAGGAAUUUUAUAGAAUCAUAA